UUGUGUUAGUUACUUCGCCGCCAUUAUCAUACCUGCACUUUUCUCCACUCAGCCUCUCCAAAAUCUUUGUAGCCUUCAGCUUUUUCUUUUUGGGUGUGUAAAUAAUUUUGACUUUUGGAGCAUUUGAUCUCUUAACACACUCACUACUUCUUUCUCCUUCGCUUCUAAACAAAGUUAAAACGUUACUCCUCUGCUUUUGUCUCAUCCCGCUAAAAAAUCAACCCAAAAUUUUAUUUUAUAAUAAUACGUACAUCAUCAACAUUUGCCUUUGUUUUCGCUACCUGGGUCCAAGGUUCUUGUCUAGUCCACUUUUUCUCCCCACCAACUGAAUUUGAAGGAGAGUUCUUCCCGCUGCAGUGACAUUUUACCAUUCUGUGAUCUACAAACAAGGGAAGUUGUUGGUCAGAACUCACAAGUAAAACAGUGUAUGGUGAAGGGAUUUCUCAAGUGCUUGAAUCGUGCUAGACCCCCAUUGAUUGAUUAUACGAUGGAAAAUGAGUCUUUGAAAUGAAAAUGGGUUGUGUGAACUCCAAAACUGAUAAAAAUGAAGCCUUGCGUCUUUGCAAGGAACGAAAGAGGUUGAUCAAGGUGGCUAUUGAUUCCAGACACGCUCUUGCUGCUGCACACUUAUCUUACAUUCGAUCUCUUCGAAACAUUGGCGUUGCUCUUCGACGAUACGCUGAGGCAGAGAUGCUGUUAGAGUCCUCCCUUUCGGUUUCAGACCACACACCAUCUCAAUCUACUUACCCUUCUCCUUCUCCAUCGGAGUCGCCAUCGAACAAUGAGAGUCACCAUCACGUGAGUUACAUGAAGACAGGUGGCUGUGAAGCUGUAACUUUCAUGAUCAAUCCCCACGCUGAAAACCUUUUGGUCGAUGAAGCCUUUGAGAGUGAUGCCUCUUGGGAUUUCUUUGAUGCUGCCGAUAGUGCUAAGAGUUCUGAGUUUACGGGGCAUGCUAGUCACUACAAGGAUGAAGAAGAAACUGAUUCGUUCUUGGAUGCGUCGAGAGGAAAUGACUAUUGCAGUUUGUCUGUGGAAUGUUGUAAACAAAAGGGUUGUGGAGAAAUGAGGCGAUCAGAGUCAUCAACUGAUGUGGGUAUUGUUGGACGGUUGAGCUCAAAGAACAAUAAGAAUGUAGCUGUGAACACUGAGAGGGAAGAUCCUUCUGAGUUCAUCAGUCACAGGGCUAAAGAUUUUCUUUCUAGCGUGAAGGUUAUAGGGCAUCGGUUUGUUCGAGCUUCUGAAUCUGGUAGGGAGGUCUCGAGGCUAUUGGAGGCAAACAAAUUAAAGGUUGGAUUUUCUGAGCAAAAAGGGAAGUCAUCUACCACGAUUUUUCUUGCGGCUUUUAUCUUGGCUUGCUUCAGUGAAAAUGCCAUACCUGCUAUUUCCCAAGAACCUGCACAAAAGAUUAUUAGUUGGAAGCGGACAGAAUCUUCUCAAUCAGGCUCAAUCAGAAACCCUUUAGUUAAAACAUCAAAGACAUAUAUGGAUGAUAGUGGAAGUGACUUUUUUGAAGAACCCUGCAUGAUUGCUGGAAGCCAUUCCUGCACCCUUGAAAGAUUGUAUGCUUGGGAGAGAAAACUUUAUGAUGAAGUAAAGGCAGGUGAAUUCAUAAGGAAGAAGUUUGAUCGAAAAUGUGAUCAGCUAAGGCAUCAAUUUGCAAAAGAUGAAAGCAGUAGAGUGAUUGACAAAACACGAUCCAUAGUGAAGGAUCUGUAUUCUCGGAUAACAGUAGCUAUCUAUUCUGCUGAUUUAAUAUCUAAACGAAUUGAGAUGAUAAGAGAUGAAGAAUUGUUCCCACAACUUUUGGAACUUACUCAAGGGUUGAUGAGGAUGUGGAAGGCUAUGCUUGAAUGCCAUCAUGCACAAUACAUUACUAUGUCAUUGGCUUAUCAUUCAAGGAGCUCAAUGAGGAGCUUGGAAGGAGAUACACGAAGAGAGAUAACGGGUGAGCUACUAAAAGAGCUUGAGUGCUUUGGUUUAAGCUUGUCUAACUGGAUCAAUAGCCACACUUCAUACAUCGAAUCUCUCAAUGGAUGGCUACAAAACUGUAUACUAGAACCAAGGGAACGUUCCAAGAACAGAAAGCCAUUCUCCCCUCGUCGUGCUUUGGCCCCACCAAUAUUUGUUCUCUCUCGAGAUUGGUGUGCUGGGAUUAAGGUUUUUCCCUUUCAGGAACUAAGUCAUGCAGUAAAGUACUUUGUAUCUAAUCUUCAUCGCACGAUAGACCAGCAAGAUAAAGAGCUCCAUGAAAAAUAUAAUUCAGUUGUUGCAAGCACUAGUGGAGAAACCAAGAGCAAAAGUAAUGAUGAGGGUGAAGAUGACUCUUCACGUUUGUGUUACAUACAUGAAAGUUUAACCAAGCUUGUUCAUCAACUCACUAAAUUUUCUGAGGCAUCAUUGAAGGUGUACGAGGAUAUCAGACAGAAAGUUGAAGCAGCUCAAACUGCGUAUCACAGUUGUAAGUCCAUCAGGACUGGCAAAAUUCAAUCCUAAAAUAGAAACCACUCUUCCAUCUUGCUUAAGAUUAAUAGAAA